UUCCCUGCUGGCAGGAGGACACGCGUGAGAGUUGACCGCAAGACCAAAGUAAUCCUUACGCACUAGAACACCAUGCCGCAGCAUGAGUACAUGGAAGCGCACAAGAAGCGCCAUGGCGAGCGAAUGGACCGAGCAGAGAAGAGACGAAAAAAGGAUGCGAGGGAGGUGCAUAAGCGAUCAGAGUUUGCCCAGAAGGUCCACGGCAUCCGCGCGAAGCUUUACCAGCGAAAGCGUUUCAAGGAGAAGGCGACAAUGCGGAAAACAAUCGCAAUGCACCAGGAACGCACGAACAAGCACGCCAACGAUGACGCAGUACCAGACGGUGCCGUUCCUGCUUACUUGCUCGAUCGCGAGGGUGUUAGUCGGGCCAAGGUUUUGAGCAAUACGGUAAAGCAAAAGCGCAAGGAAAAAGCGGGCAAAUGGGACGUGCCAAUACCCAAGGUGAAGCCAGUGGCCGACGAUGAGAUGUUCAAGGUUUUGCGAAGUGGAAAGCGCAAGAACAAGGCAUGGAAACGCAUGGUGACGAAGGUCACUUUCGUCGGCGAGGGCUUCACACGGAAAGCACCCAAGUACGAACGGUUUAUCCGACCAACAGGUCUCCGAUUUAAGAAGGCCCACGUAACACACCCCGAGCUGAAGGCAACCUUUCACCUCGACAUCCUUGGGGUUAAAAAGAACCCGAGCUCACCUCUCUACACUCAGCUUGGAGUCAUGACCAAGGGCACCGUCAUCGAGGUCAACGUAAGCGACCUUGGCCUGGUGACCCAAAGUGGCAAGGUUGUCUGGGGAAAGUAUGCGCAAGUAACAAAUUCACCGGAGCUGGACGGGUGUAUCAAUGCCGUGCUGCUUGUAUAGAGCUAGCUAUGUUUCGCGUGUUUUUUUUUGGAGUGUAAGCUAGCUCACGUCACCUCACCUUUGGGAUUCGUUCCCCUGCCAGACAUCAAAGUGGUGCUGGCGUUGGUGGAAUUUGACUGAAGAGUAGCUUCCUGUAAUCAUGCCGUUGCUUUCGUGGGGAAACGCUUACACCCUUUGCGUUUCCACGCGAUACAGCAGGAGACAUCGCAUGUACUCCCCCUUUUCA